GAAUCACGUGUUCCCCAAUUCCUUCAAGCCGCGCUUUCAGUGUUUGACUCCCGCUCAUCUUCCACAUGUAAUUACAUCAAACACUUGGUGUGCGUGGUGGGGUGGGCUAUGGUGGGGUGGGGCUACACGCAUUUUUUCCACUUCUUUGCCGAAAGAUUAACACAGUUUUUUUAAAACUUCUGUUUUACCAUUACAGCUAAUUUAAUUGCAAAAAAAGAAAAAAAAAAGUAUUAACUUCACCCCCCAUAACCAACCCUUUCAUCAUUUUCAGCCAAUCCGACGAGCUCCGCCGUCCAAUAUUCUUCAAUCUAACUUUUUUUUUUAUUUAAUUUGAAUUAUGUGUUCGGGAUUUUCUGAAAGAUCAAUUGCGAUCAAUGACCGUGAAUUCCGGGUUGUAUGGGAUCUAUGCUGCUGGGGGAAUUGAGGAUUUUUAGGGCUUUAUUUUAUUUAUUUAUUUUUAAUUUAUGGAGAAUAUAGAGACGCUGUUAGCUGCAGUAGCUCAGACGCAAGGUUUUGACGAUGAUGAGCCCGUUGCUUCUACUGCACCGGAGCUAGGGUUACCAAAUUCUGAUUGUUCGCCGGAGACUCGAGGAGAUACAGGGGGUUUACAGCUAACAGUAGAUGCUGCUGGGUAUGGACGACCUUCUGCCGUGGUGGAUACGCCUCCUCCAGCCCCAACUCCGGCAUAUGUGGCCAUAGAUAAGCGGAAGAGAGGGCGACCCCCCAGGGGACAGCUAGUGACGAAACCACCGCCGCCGAAGCGGGUAAAACCGGUGGAUGAGGAGGAGGAUGUUUGCUUUAUUUGCUUCGAUGGAGGUUCUCUGGUACUUUGUGAUCGCAAGGGGUGUCCAAAGGCGUAUCAUCCAGCAUGUAUUAAGCGCGACGAAGCCUUUUUUCAAUCAGCAGCGAAGUGGAAUUGCGGAUGGCACAUAUGUAGUGUAUGUCGGAAAUCUUCUCAUUAUUUGUGCUACACUUGCACCUAUUCAUUGUGCAAGAGAUGUACUAAAGAUGCAGAUUACUUGUGUGUUAGAGAAAACAAAGGAUUUUGCUCGACUUGUAUGAAAACUAUCAUGAUGAUCGAAAACAAAGAACAAGCAAUGUCGGUUAAAGUGGAUUUUGAUGACAAAACUAGCUGGGAGUAUCUCUUCAAGAUGUAUUGGGUGUACGUAAAACAGAAGUUAUCAUUGACACUGAGUGAGCUCACUCAAGCUCAAAAACCCUGGAAAGGUGUGGCUUCAGUAGCUUACAAGCCGCAGUUAAGUGAUGUAGAGAUUCGUUUGCUACAAAAUGAUGUGAAAAGGACAACGCGAUCAAGCAUUGGUAAUCAUGUGGUGAAACAAAAUAGUGUUAAGGAGGAAGUUGGUUCAUGUCACCACAAAGACAAUGUAAAACCAUGCGUGGAUGAAGUCACUGACAAAGCCACUGAAGAACCACUCAUUAAGGUAGCCACUGAGGAGCCACAUAUUAAGGCAGCCAUCGAGGAGCCACACAUUAAGACAGUUACUGAGGAGCUACUCAUUGAAAAGGAUCGAAAUGAUUUAAGCCUUGCUAAAGAUACCUUGAAGCCUUGCAUCCGCGACAACAAAAUUGACAGAGAGUCGAAGAGAGAAAUUGAAUGGGCAACUAAAGAGCUCUUGGAAUUUGUUGCACAUAUGCAAAAUGGUGAUACAUCAGCUAUAUCACAGUUUGAUGUCCAAAAACUAUUACUUGACUACAUAAAGAGAAACAACCUUCGGGAUCCUCGCCGAAAGAGUGAAAUUAUAUGUGAUUUAAGGCUCACGAAUCUAUUUGGAAAGCCACGUGUUGGUCACAUUGAAAUGUUGAAGCUUCUCGAAUUUCACUUUCUCAUAAAGAAGGAUUCUCACAAUAGUUCUUUUAUCCCAGCGGGAUCUGUUAGUUCUAUAGCAAGUGACGUGGAGGCUGAUGGAAACAUUUAUGGAUCCCCAAUGCAAAUUAAUAGUAGAAAGCGGAAAACCCGUAAAAAGAUUGAAGAGAGAAUUCUGCAAAACAAUUUAAACGAUUAUGCUGCAAUUGACGUCCAUAACAUUAAUUUGGUCUAUCUGCGGCGUAAUCUAAUGGAGCAUCUUAUGGAUGAUCGUGAGAACUUCAAUACUAAGGUUAAUGGGGCUAUUGUGCGCAUUAAAAUAUCAAGUAAUGAUCAGAAGCAAGAUGUUCAUAGGCUUGUCCAAGUUGUAGGGACUAGUAAGGUGGCUGAGCCCUAUAAAAUUGGUGACAGGACAACAGACGUCAUUCUUGAAGUUCUAAAUUUGGAUAAGAAAGAAGUUGUAUCAAUUGAUGCCAUUUCAAAUCAAGAGUUCACUGAGGAUGAAUGCAGAAGGCUACGUCAAAGCAUUAGAUGUGGGCUUGUGAAACAGUUCACUGUUGGUGAGGUACAACAAAAAGCUAUGGCACUCCAAAGAGUUAGGGUCAAUGAUUGGCUGGAGGCAGAGAUAUUGCGGCUAAGUUCUCUUCGAGAUCGAGCUAGCGAGAAGGGGCGUAAGAAAGAGCUUAGAGAAUAUGUAGACAAAUUGCAGCUGCUAAAUUCACCGGAGGAGCGGCAGCGCAGAAUCUCGGAAGUUCCAGAGAUACACUCUGAUCCAAAAAUGAAUCCAAAUUAUGAAUCAGAAGAAGAUACCAGGAUUUGUGAUAGCAUUAACAAAGAUGAAUAUGCGAGGCCAAGCUACCCAGGGUUAUCUAAAAGUGGAAGGAAGCACAUUUCUCCUAAUAAAAAAGGUAAAGAAAAGCAACCUAUCCCGAAGCCGAAUAGUUCGAUUACCAACUCAGCUAGUGAGGGUAAGAAUGGUGAGGCCAUGCAAAAGUCUGGACUAGAGACUUGUGUUGCAACUUGUUCCUCUGUCGGAAACUCACCACCUGCUAACCAUAUAGAAACGGAGAAACUGUGGCAUUAUCGUGACCCUAAUGGCAAGAUUCAAGGACCGUUUUCCAUGAUGCAGCUUCGUAAAUGGAAUGCAAGUGGUCUAUUUCCUCCUGAUAUGAGGAUAUGGACAAAUCACGAGCAAUACGACUCGUUACUUCUUAGUGACGCUCUGAAUGGCAAACUCCAUGGACCAUUGGAGUCGUCGUCAUGUAAACCUUGUUUGGGGCCUCACAGAAACGGGGUUGUUGAGGUAAGUGAGGACAUACAUGUGACUGUGAGAGAUAGUAAACCAACAGAGAGCAUUAGUGGAGUUGUAACGACAGAUGAAUCUAGCUCGUCCCACUGGCCACGAUGUUGGGAUUUACUCAAGGAUAGUAAUUCUAGUGGUGAUGGUGUCCAAGAGAGUGGUGAGUUCAACCAUGGUUCACAAAAUGGAGAGAAAAAAUCAACUGAAGUGGCUCAAAACCCGAGGAGUAGUGUGUUUGAAACAAAUAAUAAUAAUGAUGACCGAGCAGUAUCUUCUGAAGAAAACUCGAGAUCUUUAAAAGUUGAUUUGAGCUCGGUUCAUAUGGAAUCGGUUUCUGUUUUUGCACUUGAUUCAAGUAGACAGAGGAAGGAUGUAGAUGUCUUGGAUCUUCUUCCUAGUCCGACCCCAAAGACAGCAGCCGAAAAUCCCGUCUUGCAAAACUGUGGUAUUUUGGAGCUGCUUAGUCUUGCACCAAGAUCUAAUGAUGAAGAUGAAACUAAGCAAUCUGGAUGUAUAAAAUCUCCCACGAACGGUGGUUCCAAUAUCGGAGUGGCCGAUGAAUGGUGUGGCUAUUCUCCUACACCUGGUAAAACAGAUCUUCAAGAAUGGGAUUCUGGUCUCGUCUCUGUAUCUUCAACGAGGCCUCCUGAAGUUACAAGUGAGAACAUUGAUUCCCCGAUUAUUGAUGUUUCUCAAUCCUUUCCUGCGUCAAAUCUACCUAGUUGGCUGCAAAUCUUUAACGAGCCAAUUGAGUUCGACGCGUUGGGUGAGGAAUCGGUGUCGGAUUUGUUGGCUGAAGUCGAUGCAAUGGAAUUGCAAGGGACAUUGCAUUCACCUACGUCAGCCAUGAAGUUCGCUAGGGAGUUGAUUGAAGAUUGUAAAGACGACUGCUUUAGUUCGAUUGAGCAGUUCAGCUCCACACCUGAUCACAAUCCUCGAAAAAGCGAUGCAUUGAGCUCCACCGGGGAGGUACAGUUGAAUUCCCAGUCUUCACCGACGCCGAUGGAGACAUCUUUUAAGAGGUCGAGUGAACAUUCAUCUGCAAGUAACGAGGGAGAAACUAGUAACAAUGCUGGUCAAAGCAAUGCGAAUCAAGAAACGAGAUCAGAUAACAUGGACCCCAGUUGGGGAACGGUGCAGGGUAAUAUUAACCUGGUGACGGUGCAGGGUAAUGUGAAUCUUGUCUUGGGCGGCGGACCUUCUCCGGGAAUGGGUAACCUCGGUUGGGGAACUAACCCUGGUUCACCAUGGGUGAACCACCCAAACAUGAACCUAAGUCCGAUAAAUGUCGGCCAAUCGUGGGAUGGUGGUCACCGCAAAUACGGUGGUGAAAGGUUUAACAGCCCUAGAGAGUGGGGUUGUUAUCAAGGCGGUGACUCGGGGUUCGGGAGGGGGCGCCCUCCGUGGGGUAGGCAACCCUACGGCGGUGGCGGAUACUCGAGGCCUCCCCCCAAAGGGCAGAGGGUAUGUAUAUACUACGAGAGUGGUCAUUGCAAAAAGGGUGCCUUUUGUGACUAUCUACACCCUUGAAUUUUUUAUUUAUGUAUUUUUGAAUAAUUAAUUAUUUAAUGUAGGUAUAUGCUUCGAUUAAACACAAUUUGUUGUACGCACGGUUAAACCUUUAUAAAUUAAUACAGUUGAGAUCAAACUGACUUUGAUUAA